GUUUCGGAAUGCUCUCACUCUGCUCAUCGUUGUCGUCAAGCUGCUGCCCUCGUCGUCGUCUUUUUUGGUCUUUGCUUGACAGCCAUUUCAUUUACUUCCCAGACGACUCGUGGCUGCUGCUAAUCGCAAUUCCCUCGGAUUGCCACUGCUUUGCUUCUAUGACGAGCCGAAUGUGUAGAUAGCCCACGGUGUGCUUGACAUUCUGAUCCGGUUUGGUGCCGCAUCCGUGUAGAAUCGGCGAAGCGAAUCUCGGAUCGGAGUGAGUGUGUUCUCUGAGCCUUGGCUGGAGUUUGUCGCCCGGUUUAGGGAAUUGAGUGUUUGAAACGGGAGUUUCGUGUUUCUGAGUUCGUAUUGCAUGUUCCAGACGUGAGCUCGGUUACAGGCCGAAUAUUUUGAGUAGGUGCAUGUCCACAGAGUGACUACAAAGUUGGUGCAAGGAAUUUUCGGUGAAUUCUUCCAGCACCUUUAUUAUUGAAGCUGUAGCCCAUUGCGCUCCGGGUCAUACUAGCUAAGUUAUUGGACAGCAACUUAACGUGCUUUACGAGGUAGAGUUGUUAGGUCGACAGGAUGUUGAAGAUAUUUGGGCUUGGUCAUCACACAGAGGACAAACCUGAAGCAAAUCAUGUAAUAGAAGGAAUGGAGACCGAGACCUCCGCAGCUGUGCACAGCCCUCCUCCUCCAGUAUCCUCGAACAGACGUAGCAGUGUUGGAAAGUGGUCCGCAAGACCUCUUCGACUUGUAUAUUGUGAUGAAAGGGGCAAGUUUCGAAUGGAUCCCGAAGCAGUCGCAGCGUUGCAGCUUGUUAAGGGACCUGUUGGUGCUGUCUCUGUAUGUGGACGUGCUCGUCAAGGCAAAAGCUUCAUCUUGAAUCAGCUGCUAGGACAGAGCAAUGGGUUUGAAGUUGCGGCUACUCAGAAGCCUUGCACGAAAGGACUUUGGAUGUGGAGUGCACCUAUUAAGCGUACAGCUGCAGAUGGAAGUGAAUACAAUCUUAUAUUGCUGGAUAGUGAAGGCAUUGAUUCCUACGAUCAAACUGGUCAAUACAGCACGCAGAUCUUCUCCUUGGCUAUUCUCUUGUCGAGUAUGUUCGUGUACAAUCAGAUGUUUGGUAUUGACGAAGCAGCACUCGACAAUUUGUCUUUAGUUACAGAAAUGACCAAGCACAUUCGAGUGCGAGCCUCUCAGAAUACAACCUCAGCAGAUGAACUUGGCCGGUUUUCACCACUAUUUGUAUGGCUACUUCGGGAUUUCUAUUUUGAUCUUAGCGACGAUGGGCACAGGAUAACUCCUAGAGAUUAUCUGGAGUCGGCACUCCAACCAGUUCCAGGAUCUGGAAAAGCUGCUGCUUCCAAGAACGAGAUUCGAAACUCUAUUAAAGCAUUGUUUCCAGAAAGGGAUUGCUUCACUUUGGUGCGUCCCUUAGAGGCAGAGCAGCGAUUGCAACACCUUGACGAAAUACCGGUGAAUCAAUUACGUCCCGAGUUUCGGGCUGGGUUGGAUAAGUUAACAAAGUAUAUUUUUGAUAGGGCAGGGCCAAAGCGGCUGGGGUCAAUAAUAUUGACUGGUCCUAUGUUUGCUGGCCUCACACAAUCGUUUCUUGACGCCAUUAAUUCUGGAGCUGUACCUACUAUAGCCAAUUCUUGGCAGAAUGUGGAAGAAAGCGCAUGUCGACGUGCCUAUGAGCUCGCUAUCAGAACGUACACCGAGUCUUUUGACAGAUCGACUCCUCCUGAAGAGACUUUGUUGCAAGAGGCUCAUGACGAAUCUCUUCAAGCAGCCCUAAACACGUUCAACCUUGAAGCUGUGGGAGGGGGAGCAUCAAGAAAGAAGUACGAGAAGGAGCUUUACAUCACUGUAAAGAAACAAUUUGAGAGUUGCAAGCGUAAAUUAUUCUUAGAGGCGGAGCUCAAAUGUUUGCGAGCUGUAGGCAGUUUGGAAGAAAGACUGCGCAAUGCAUGUCAUGCACCAAACGCGUCCUUUGAAUCUGUGGUUAAGGUGAUCGAUGGCAUGGUGGCUGAGUAUGACGUGACGGCGACGGGAUCUUUCAAGUGGCACAAACUUGUCAAAUUUCUUCAAAAAAGUUUGUCAGGGCCGUUGCAAGACCUCGUCAAGCGGGAGAACGGCAAAGUCAUCGCAGAAUACUCAGCUUUGCAGUUACAGAUCAAGUCUAUGGAGGAAGAAGUAUCAUUUACGCAUAAACAAGUAGACGCUGCUCAGAAGAAUGCUCAAGAAUGGAAGAAGCGCUACGAAUUAUCAAUUAAUGAUUACAAGAAGGCUUCAGAGAGUACUGCUACUCAACAUGCCAUCCUUCAGAAGAAGGUCAUUACACUUGAGGAGAGGCACAACACUGUGACAUCCAAACUGGAAGCAGCUAAGAAGCAGGCAGCGGAGUGGCAAUCAAAGUAUCAACAUUUGCUGAACGAGCGACGGAUAGAUGAUGAAGGGAUUGCUGCGGAAAUGAAAGUCCUUCAGAACCGAUGUACGACUGCCGAGGCUCGUUUGGCAGCCAUGCGGGAGCAAUGUGAUGCUGCGAAGGAGGAAGCUGUUGAGUGGAGACAUAAGCAUGACACUAUCGAAGCAGACACUAAAGCUGCAAUUGAAAGGGCUACCGUGUCGAAGGACAGAGCCAUAAGACAGGCACAGCUUCGGGAGGAUGCGCUUAGAGCAGAGUUCGCCGCUGCUGCAGCACAAAAGGACGGUGAGCUAAAAGAUUUGCAAGCUAAGUUCGAGCAUGGAGAGCGUCAGAUUUCUUCUCUGUUAACUCGCCUUUAUGAGCAAGAAUCAAAGUGUAACAAUCAGGCUACGGAGUUAUCGACCUUGAAAACAGAAUUACGGCAUUCGCAUGCUGAGUUUGAAUCUAGAGUAUCAACAACAGUAAAUUUGCGAAAAGAUCUUGACAAAGCGCGUCAAGACAAACAACAUGCUGAACAGCGAAUGGCAGAAGCCCUGAAGAGAAUGGAGGAGGCUGAACGGCACUGGAAAAUUGCAGAGAAGAGAGAAAAGUUUGCAUCUGAAGCUGCGGAUAAGGCUCGGAAUGAUUCUUCAGCAACAGAGAAGGAAAAAUUGGAGUCUCAACGACUGGCUGUCGAGAGAUUAGCAGCUAUCGAACGUUUAGAACGGCGGUGUGAAUCUCUCGAACGUGAAAAAGACGACCUGACCCAGACACUCCAUCAGUUAAAGCUGUCCGAAAAGGAAGCGUUCUCCCGUUUAACUACUCUUGAAAACCGCAUUGAAGAGCGAGAGAAAGAGAUGGAGAAGCUUCUUAGAUCUUCAAAUGAGCAGAGGAUGAAGACAGUAGAAGCUUUUGAGGCCCUGCUGGAUAGCGAAAGAAAGGCCAAAAUGGAGGCUGCCAUGCGUGCCGAGACACUUUCAGUUCAACUCACAACUGUCCAAGGGGACCUGGACGCUCUUCAGACACAGUUUAUGUCCGUUAGGAAUCAUGAAACUGCUCUAGAUACUAAGUUGAAAUCAUAUGCGGAUGUGUCAACUGUCUCCCCUGGCGAUUACACAAUGCGUACUAAGAGGAGGAUGGAGGACACGGUAGUGGACAUGGAAGGUACGGAAGUUGACAAAGCUAGUACGCAAAAAAGCAAGAGGGAAAAGUUCACGAACAGUAGCAGCCGUGAGGAGACUAACGAAGGGCACAAUUCAAAUGAGGUAACGCGUGACAAUCACACACCACUGACGAUGGAAGAUUAUCACAAAAUGACAGUAGCAAAGCUGAAAGAAAAGUUGACUGAAGCUGGGCAUGGAGAAGAGUUGACCCAAAUCAAAGGCUCUGCUACAAAACGUGAUAUCAUUGCCGUAUAUGAGAAACAUAUGCUUCACUAGUGAUCUGUCAGGGUUCUUGGAAACCUCUCCUACAAGCACGCCAAUGUGGGCGUUUAGGAUGAUGGCAAUGAAUUGCCAUUGACACUGCUGAGACUGCGAAUGGACCGCAUCGACUUUCUGACUGCACUGAUAUAUAUAUAUACCGCUUUUUUGCGACAGCCACAACCAUGUGAAGCCGAUAAGCAUGCCUCGAUUGGCUCUGUUACCACUACCACCGUUGCACCACGGUUCAUGUAAAUUAUCUUCCUGGGUCAAUGACGCCUGUUCAGUCGAUUAACAAUGGAGCAGGGUAUUUAUGGCACACUGAGAAAAGUUUUUAGCUUCUCUUAGCUUCUGGUAUGAAGCGAGCUUUCAAGUGUACAUCUCAGAUCCUGGAAAUGGCUUAUGAAUUGAUAAGCACUCAACUGUAGUAUUCUGGUGUAUCUUGAUGAAUGUUAUUGACUGAACCUGUAUUCGUAAUGAGAGGCCUAACUGCAUCAAA